GGAGCAGGAGGAAGGAGUGGGGGGGGUUGCAGGCACAAGAAGGGGCUGGAGGAGCGGGGGGGGGCAGGAGCCGGGAGAACAAAGAACCGAGAGCAUCAGCCACUGGGCGAGUCUGUGCUAGGGGGGCGUCAUUAACCCCUCCCUGCCCGGCCGGGGGGGGGGAUUUCUCCAGCUGGGACCAGCCCCCCCGGGCUCUGCCCGCAUCCGCUCCGGAGCCAGGGGCCGGUGACCUUCGAGGAGGUGGCUGUGUAUUUCACCAGGGACGUGUAUUUCAGAGAACCCUCUGCAGAGCCGUCAUGCAGGAGAACUGCGAGAAUGUGACCUCUCUAGGUUUCCUUGGCAAUCUGAAAUUGCAAACUAUACAGUUAUAAUCUCUUUCCCAAAGAGGCGAUGGGUGCCCUGGACUAUCUGAGAUAAAGGCUAAGCGACUGCGAUCGGUCGGGACGAUUUCAACCUUUGUUUCAGCCUACGGUCUGCACUGAAAAUAUUAUCCGAGCAAGGAGAUUUUGUAAAAAGCUGCAUUUGGGCCAGUCUGUAUUUCAGAAGCACCUUGAUCAGAUAACCCCAAAUCUGGCCCACCAACCCUGCUCCACACUCCCCUGGUGCACAGUGAAUUUGAAGACAAUCCAAGUGAUGGGAUGGUGAGUGAGAAUGAGGAGCAGACCCCUCAGCAGGAAGACGCUGAGCCCGUGGAAGUAUAUGGGGCGUUAUCGCAAAGCUCUGAAGGGAUUGUGUCCAUGAGUUGUGAGCAGGGAAAAGGUUGUGAGGCUCAGCACAGGCCAGAAAGGGAGCAGGGAACUGAGCCGAGGGAGAAAGAGGGUAAUUGUCAGGAAAGUCACAAGGAAACCACAGCCCAGCAGAGCAACCUCACAAGCAAGAGAAGCCACACGCGCCCUGAGCGGGGAGAAAACGUCAGUAGCCCUUCGGCUGUUCUUCGACACGAGAGAAUCCGCACCGGAGAUCCACCCCACCAAUGUGGCGAGUGCGGGAAGACCUUCCGUCGGAACUCGCACCUUGUUCGCCACCAGAGCGUGCACACGGGAAACCGACCCUUCCGAUGCUCGGAGUGUGGGAAAAGCUUCAGCGUGAGCUCCAACCUGAUGGCCCAUGAGACCAUCCACACGGGCAGUCGCCCCUUUUCCUGCUCCGAGUGCGGGAAGAGCUUCAACCGACGUGCCAACCUGAUGACGCACUGGAGAAUUCACGUGGGAAAGAAGCCCUUCAUGUGCUCGGAGUGUGGGAAAAGCUUCACGGACAGCUCGAACCUCAUCCGGCACCAGCGAACCCACACGGGGGAGCGACCCUACGCGUGCUGCGAGUGCGGGAAAAGCUUCCCGGACAGUUCCGACCUUAUCCGGCACCAGCGAACCCACACGGGGGAGCGACCCUACGCGUGCUGCGAGUGCGGGAAAAGCUUCAGUCGGAGCUCCACCCUCAUUCGGCAUCAGAGGAUCCACACGGGAGAGACGCCCUAUAAGUGCCACGAAUGCGGGAAAAGCUUCAGCGUGAGUUCCAACCUUAUCACGCAUUGGCGAAUUCACACGGGGCAUCGGCCCUUCACCUGCUCCGACUGCGGGAAGAGUUUCACGGACAGCUCCAACCUCACUCAGCAUCAGAGAAUACACAGGGGGGAGAACCCCUAUAGCUGCCCCGAGUGCGGGAAAAGCUUCACUCAGAGCUCGGCUCUUCUUGCACAUCAGCGGAUCCACACGGGAGAGCGACCCUACGAAUGCUGCGAGUGCGGGAAAACCUUCAGCGUGAGCUCAGCCCUCGUCGCGCAUCAGAGACUCCACACGGGGGAGAGACCCUUUAAAUGUUCUGAGUGCGGGAAGAGCUUCAGCGUGAGCUCAACCCUCAUCAUACAUCAGCGAAUCCACACGGGGGAAAGGCCGUAUCGAUGCUCGGAGUGUGGGAAAAGCUUCAAUCAGAGCUCCCACCUGGUUAGGCACCAGAGUCUCCACGGGGGAGAUAAGCACCAUAAAAACUUUGUCUAAGGCUGUCAAAAAAAAACCACCAAGUUUUUUUUAAUACGUUUCUAAUUCCCACCUAGUGACUUUCCAGGCUCUUUGCAUCACUCGCAGCUCCCCCGAGAUGAGUAACACACUGUUGGAGUGAAUCCCUUGGUCCUUUCUAUCCGCUCCUUCGUCCUGAGUCCUGAGAAUGUAUGUCCCUCCUACCGGGAAUGUCCAUCACCUUAUAGAAUCACAGAAUACCAGGGUUGGAAGGGACCUCAGGAGGUAUCUAGGCCAACCCUUUGCUCAAAG